UACUUGCGUUUGUGUUGCGCUUGAUAUAGAAUAGACUUUACAUCUACAUUUUUUAAUGUUGACGCUGAAAGUAGCGGCCGAAACUGUUGUAAGAAAUUACAAUGAGAUGGUCACUUAGAUUUCUCUCUGUCAAUAGUCACACGAUAGUACGUGUGUGUAUGUGUAUAACCUAACCCUAACCUAAUCUAACAAGACAGUAUUGGGAAACAAAUAACCAACUCAGUCUCGCGGUCAGAGAUUGCAAACAGGAGAUUUCGAAUUUGCUCAACAUCUUAAGAUUUUUUCCGGUCUUUUCAUUCGAGUUAGUCGGUUGAAACUCGAAUUAAAUCGAACCUCCAAUUAAAUAUGUGAAACAAUUUCCUUUUAAUUUUUUGUACUAUAUAUUUUUCUUAUAAAUUUUUUCUUUUACAACUUUGAAUUAAUGAUCAAAAACCAGUUUUUGUGCAUAGACAUAUAACAUAGAAAUAGAGUAGUAAAAAUUAUAAAAUGGGAAACUACAAAAACACACAAAACCAUAAAUCUCUGAGUGCCAAAAGACUGUCUCGAAAAGGAGCAGCAGUGAAAAGACGGCAAGAAUUAAAAGCACUAAAGAAACAAAUAGAACAAAUGCAAGAAGAAAAUGUUGAGGAAGAAGACAACAUACAGAUAAUAGCUGUUACUAGUGACAACAAGAAAUCGAACUCACAAUUAUGUAAUGAGACAAAAACGAAAUAUUUGGAAGAAGACAAACAAGAAAAAGCAUCUGUGAGCACAAUGCCAAAAGCACAAUUACCCAGACAUUCUGUCUCAAAUAUUCCUCCAGUUCAUGUAACAUUACAAUUGGAAUGUAAAGAAGAACCUUUGAGCGAAUCUCAAUUAAAAUCUAUAGUGAAACACAAAGAAAAUGUAAAUAGGGUUACAGCUAUUUUGGAAGAUUUAGUUAAAGUUCAUGGAGGUAAAUUGAUAUGUCAAUCAGGUGCAGUCAGUGGUUUUCAAUAUACAUUGCCUACAACAAUAGCACCAACAGUAAGUCAAGCAACAGUAACACCGGUAGUUCAAAAUAACUCUCAAAUUUUAAGUGUUACACAACAGACUAAGAAUCCGCCACCAAUAAAAGUAAAUAUUAGUAAUACAAGUAGUGGACCUCAAGGAAAUAUUCAAUUAGUUGUCGAUCCACGUAGUAUGGGCGUUUUUUUGGGUUCUGUUACACAAGCUCAAGGCACAGCUACCACAACUACAACUGUAGCUUCUACCACUCCACAAUCUCAACAAGAAAAUUACAAACCUAGACUCGGACGUAGAACAAAAGUUUUUCCAGUGCAACAGUCUGAUAUUAUCGAAGAGCCUCUACCCAAAGUUACUCAAGUAAAAGCAAAGCCUGGAACAGCAACGCAAGUUGUUAAGGCUACUACCAACCCACAAGGUGUGACAAACUCCACAGCAAAUAGCAGUAUACAACAGACGGCAAAUCAAUCAGUUAGGCCUGCAGAACAUACUAGUAUAGGAGGGAUAGCGGUUGGCAGCAAAGACGCUUUUUUAGCUGCUGAACAUAUAGACGAAGCAAAAAAGAAUUUACCUGAUGGUAGAGAAUUUACAUUUAAUAAGACAACUGGCGGCCGAACGUUUCCAUCUCUAGUAGUGAUAGCAAGACCAAAUUUACAUAAUAAAGAUAUCACGUCAGUAGUUGGACAAAAAGAAAGACAAGCAUUAGAUGCUAAAGUUAAAAACGUGCUCAUGUUUUCUGCUACAAACUUUGCUGAAUGGUUGAUCCAACAAGGCUUGUUAAGAUCGGAACAAUAUUGUACAGAACAUCACACAGAUGGUCAAAAAAGUAAACUCAAGUUGGGAAUGUAUAGCGAUCAAGGAACAUUUCCUUAUUCUGGUGGCUAUGUGUGGAUAUGUAGUAACUGUCCCGAUAAAUUCGUUUCUGUUUUUUCGGGUUCGAUCUUCCAAGGAGCUCCUUACACACCUACGAUUUUGCUAAAACUGAUUUAUCAUUGGGCUUGUCAGACUAAUGUACAAAAUGUCAUUUCUUGGGUGAAAGUAUCUAAUGUAUAUCUGAAAAACUUUUAUACGAAUCUACGUAGCAUUUGUACAGCAGCGAUAUGGAAUAAAGCUCGUAAAAUGGGCGGUAACAAUGCAGUGAUACAAGUUGGUGUAAUUAGUUUAGGCACUACAUCACAAGAUGGACAUUUACGACAGGUAAAAGUCGAGGUUCUUGGUGUUUUAGACCCUACUACUCUUGAGAUACGAUUGCGCGCUUGCGAACCGAUGCAAGAAGGGAACAGACGAUCCUUCAAAAGACGCUUUAAUAGUAUUCUGUAUCCAUUGAAAGACUGGGUCCAUACAGAUUCCAGAAUAAUGACUGACUUUACUGUCGAUAAAAGCACCUUGAAUGACAUGGGAUACAGUCACGUUAUGCAGUCCGGUUAUCCGGAGCAAAACUCGAAAAAUCUUAUGAGCAAUUAUCAUGUUAUGGAAUAUCUUAGGAAAAUUGUACCAAGAAUGUUUCAGAACACAUUGAGUUUACUUAGCAGACCAAUGAUACAACAGUUUUUAGAUGAAUUAAUAUGGAGAGAAAUGUACGGUGCUACGUCUGAGCGUGCAUUUGAUAAUAUUAUCCGGCAUAUCGCGGAACAAACUAAAACUAACUCUACUGACAGUUUGUUAGAUCGUCUAGCAAAGAUAGCUGCUAAUCCAUUUCAAGACUGGUCUUACUCAAAGACUGAAGAUCAAGAGACUGAUGAUGUGCCGGUUGUAUUAUUAAAGGAUACAUCACUAACUGAUACAACAUCUUCUCAAAAUAAAAUUCCAGAAACGAUUAAACCUGGACCGAAACGAGGAAGAAAAAGAACUAAUCCCGCGGUAGUAGUGGUUCCAGAACACGAAAUAAAAAAAAUCGCAAUCGAUUUCAAAAAUAACGAAAAAGAGAAAGAGAGUAAUAACGAGAAACAACCGAAGGAACAAAUUCAACUGCAAGAAUUUUAUUACGCUACAAUGGAAGGUGAUAAAAACUUAAUUUCAGAGGAAUGCAAAUCCUUUAUACACUUCAAGUGUUUCUUGUGCACAACAAUAAUGAAGUCCAAUAUUGAAGUGAUGGAGCACAUGAUUAGUCAUGUACCUCCGCAAGUGCCUGGUCAGUCGGAAUUGUUCGUAUGUCGAUAUUGUUGUACCGCACUUUCGUCGCAACAUCAAAUACUGACUCAUGUGUCUGAGGUACAUAGCAAUUUUGGUCAUUCUGACGGUCUUAUGGUGGUUUGCGCCAUUUGUGAAGAGAAAUUUGGAAAAAACAAGUCAUUGAUCGAUCAUUUGUCAUCGAUGCAUUAUCCUUCUGAAAUGCCAUAUCAAUGUGAAAGUUGUAACUAUCGUACGUCCAGUCAUAAAGAUGUCAUAGAUCAUUAUUAUAAGAUUCACGAAAAAGGUGAGGGAUUGCAAUGUCCUUAUUGUCUUAAGGUAAUACAUUUUAUGAAUAAGGGCAAUCCUAACGCGUCUAGUGUUUACACUUAUUUGUCGCACAUGCAAAGGCACAUUGUGAGAAGAGAUCAAGGAAAAGGCAACAAGUGUACGAGAUGUUGUUUGUGGUUUAACCAAAAAAGCUUGCUCGUAAAGCAUCAACGAGUGUUACACGAUCCUAUUUCUGACUCAAAAGCAAUACCAUAUUCCGGUGGUAAUAUUGAAGUUACGGUCUUGAAAGAUCGACCGAACAUACGAUUUUCUGUAGAUAGUCCACCUCCCGAGUUACCAUUUAAUGAAAAAAUACAAAGAUGGAGUACUGGACCGAUCUCAAUAAACACUUCUGUUAGACACUUACCUUGUCAAGAAUGCGAAGAAGAUAUUGACGAAGAGGAUCAUUAUCCAGGUGAACAGCAAUGUCAACAGUGUCGUUACAUCACGUGUUGUUGGCGUGCAUUCCGUGAGCAUCAACAACAAAUUCACAAUGAGAGACCAAAAACCAGUCUCAUCGUGCCGUCUCCUCUAAUUAACAUUCCGCUAGAAAGAAAAAUGCAAUGCCAGUGCGGCUAUGAAACGAAUGAUGGCAAUCAAUUAGCAAGUCACAUGGUAAGACAUGACAAUGUAACUGUGGCGUAUUCCGUUGAAAAAUCGACAACAUCCGGUAUGCUCAACAGUUUAGGACUGUUCCCAAAAUCAACUUCUGAGGAAGCUGAUGCACACAAGAAAUCCAAUUCGCAUAAUUGAGUGUAACAUGAAAAUGACGAAUGUCAUUUUGUUAUUGAUAUAAAUAAAAAAUAUAUAUGUAUGUAUGUGUGUAUGUGUGUACGUAUAUAUACAUACAUAGAUAAAUAAAUAGAUAAGAUAUACACAGUAUCUUCUCUUAAACUCGGAGAUUUUGGGAUCAAAACGUCAAAAAAUGAAUAAUAGUGAAUCCUUUUUUGUUACGUCUAAGCUAUAAAAUAUCUCGGUUGCUCAAAACAAAAUGAUAUAGCAAAAAAACAAGAAAAAGAAUUCGGAGUGAACGUGAGAGCAAUCCUGACUGAAAUUUAUAAGAGGCAGCUAUAAGAGUGAGCGAGCAGAUCGAUUUUUUUAUAAUACUGUGCAUUAUCAAGAAAACAAAGAGGUCAUAAAGUUAGCUAACUUUUAUUUUUUUUUUUUUUUUGUAGUGACGGAGAUAGAAACAAACGAGAUAUAAAAGUGGAAACCUCCGAGUUUAAGAGGAGCUAAUGUACAUACAAUAGAAACAGGUAAAAUUAAAGGAAAAAAUAUUACGUAUGUAAAAUAUAANUUUUUGACACACAGAAAUACAUAAAGUUAUAAAUUAUUUUUAGUGUACAAACUUACCAUCUGAUAUAUUUCAUUUAUAUAUAUUUAAUAGACUGACAAGAUUAAAAUAAAAUUUCAAACUAUUAUGAAUUUUGAUGUAAAACUUGAAAAGAAAAAUUCGAUUUUAUCCUACUUAAUCCUCAUUUUAUUGUUUGAUGAUUGCAUGUUGUAAACUAUUAUGGCUGGUUUACAACGAAGAUAGUAAGGCUGUAGGAGUAGAGAGUAAACUAUUUUUCGGUGAAGAAACAACGGGAAUUACGAAAUAGGCAAUUUCCAUUUCGCACUGCCUACUGCCUUACUGUUAGCCAAUGAAAGACGUGUGUUGAAAAACGCGAAAUAAUUAUUUGUAUAGACAAAAAUAAAAGAACUCCAAGAACCUUACUUCUUACUCUAUACUGCCUACUCCUAUUGUAGACUAGACAUUAUAUGCUGGUUUUUAUUGAGAUAUGUCAUACUUCACUUUUUGUUAAUGAAAAGUGAACAACUCAUACUAAAUACAAAUUUUAAUUGUGCUGUAAUAUAUAUGUAAUGAAAUAUUUAGACUUUUUACAAAUUUAUGUGAUACUUGAAUUCUCGUCUCUCUAAUAAUAAAAUUGUAUAUGUAAUAAAUCUCAUUAAUACUUUUUUUUAAAUAUCAAUAGUCUUUGUUAAACACUUACUGUUAAAUACAAAAAUGCAUCAAAUAUCUAUUCAAAUUGGAACAUUUGAUCAAAUUAUUUAGAUUAAAAAUGUUUUUGGUAAUCAGGAAAUAACAAUAUAAAAGGUUUUAUUAAAUGUUUAUUUAGCAAUAUUAUGUCUUCAUGAAUAAGAAAUGUAGCAUACAUAUUUACUUUUUUAUGUGUGUGCAGUGUGUGUCAGAGGUACGAAUAUAUAAUUCUAACUGACGGGAUAAAACUUAUGGAAUUCUUCAUCGAUUGAAAAACUUGAGACGAGUUGAUAAUUUGCGUAAAGUUAACAUACAAUAGUCCGUCAUUCUGUACUUAUCUCUAUACUCCUAAUAAGCUAUAUAUAUUUUUCAACACUUUUUUUUGGAUUUUUCUCAUAAUUUUUCACUUUUUUUUUGUAUUUUUAUAUAUUUUUUAUGUUGUCUGUUAUCAAGUCAACACUAAAGAACGCAUUUAUUAGCAAGAUCUCUUCAAUGUUAACUGAUUGGGAAUUACCAGAUAUAUAUUAUCAUAUAUCUAAGAAUAAGAUCUUACCUGUAACAGAGUUAAUAAGAUAAUAAGACUUAUAUAACGCGAUAAAUAAAAUUUAUAAUCCUGUAAACCUUUCAAUCUUGAGUAGCUCUCAAAAAAAAU